ACGAGUGUCGGCAGUAGACACAAGGAGGUCUGCGGGCAGCACGGGACUGUCUCAUCAGGGCAAAACAAAACGUGCUCUCACUCACAGAGGAGCUGAUCAUGUGCACCUGGCUCAACUGAAAGGUCUGUGGAAAUACCUGUGCUUCCAUCCGCACAUCUGCCUCAUAAUGGAACAUCGCAGGUUUCAAGCAUCAGUCGCCAUCAGUCGCAGCCAUGUGUCAUCGUGUAGAAGAAGUAAUGCAGCACAAAGGCAGACGGGAAGUACGAGCCAUACUCUGUGAGUGAGAGUCCAUCAUGAGUCAGGGGAGACGUCUGCGGUCCUGUUGUCUGGUCCUGGAUCAUCUGGAAAAUGGACCGAGCUUCUGACCACUGUGAGAUAGCACUCCCAACAUGUGUAACUCUGGAAAUGACCUAAUUCAGGCAGAAUGAGCUCAUAGUGAUAAGCGAUUCGCCUCCACACUGUUGAUGGAAAAGAUUAGCACAUGGGCUCAUAUUGUGACCCGAGCGUGUGACGUUACAUGAGGCUUUGGACAAGAAACUCACACGGAGGACUUUCAUGUUAGAGGCAGAGAUGUUGCGGCGUGGACUGCUGGCCUGGGUGUCUCGCGUUGUGGGCAUCCUGGUUCUGCUCUGCUGUUCACUGUCGCUGCUCUACGUGAUGACCUGCAGCCCUCCCCACCCUGACGACACGAGUCAUGCUUUGCCCAGGUCGGGACACAACCACGCGGGCAUGGGGGGCACGCGGCCGGGCGUCAAGACGGGGACGGGCGGGACUGGGGUUGCGGGAGCGGUACCUCCCCAGAGCGGCGGUCCGGCAGGUGUGCAGUCUUACCAAGCACUUCUCACAGAACGAGAGGAGCAGCAUCGACUUCACAUCUCUUCGCUGAAAAAGCAGAUAGCCCAACUGAAAGAGGCGUUGCAGGAGCGCAGCCAGCAGCUCAAAGGGGUGCAGGAGAGUCUGAAGAAGGGACUAACAGAGGGGCAGGAGGCCGGGGCCAGGUCAAACGGCGGAGGAGAGGGGCAGGGGGCGAAGAGCCAGCAAACGGACAUUCAGGAGUUUCUCAAAAGCCAGCUGUCCAAGGCGGAAGUGAGCAGCGGGAGCAGGUUCCCCAGCGAGUACGCAGUUGUUCCCUUUGAGAGCUUUACGCUGCACAGGGUCUACCAGCUGGAGAUGGGUCUGACGCGGCACCCGGAGGAGAAGCCAGUGAGGCGGGACAAGAGGGAUGACCUUGUGGAGGUGCUGGAACUGGCCCUGCAAAACCUCAACGCACCUCCAUCUCAGCAGGACGGGAAGACGCAAAACAAUAAAGUGUACACCCCGUCGGACUUCAUGGAGGGUAUUACGCGCACAGAGAAGGACAAAGGGACACUGUACGAGCUGACGUUCAGAGGAGAGGGAGCUCACGAGUUCAGACGCCUGGUGCUGUUCCGACCGUUUGGACCUCUCAUGAAGGUGAAGAACGAGAGAGUGGACACGUCAAACAUCCCCAUCAACAUCAUCGUCCCUCUGUCCAGGCGUACGGACAAGUUCAAACAGUUCAUGCACAACUUCAGGGAAGUCUGUGUGCGGCAGGACGGCCGCGUGCAUCUGACUGUGGUGUAUUUUGGCAACGAUCAGAUUAAUGAAGUCCGGAGUAUUCUGGAGAACACCUCCAGGGAAGUAAACUUAAAGAACUACACAUUGCUGCAACUCAACGAGGAGUUUUCCAGAGGACGAGGACUAGACUUCGGGGCCCGAGCCUGGAAAGGAGGCAACGUCCUGCUGUUCUUCUGUGACGUAGACAUCUACUUCACUGCUGACUUCCUCAACACCUGCAGACUCAACACACAGCCCGGUAAAAAGGUCUUCUACCCCGUGUUGUUCAGCCAGUACAAUCCCGCUCUCAUCUACGGAAGCAGUGAACAUGUCCCACCAGUCGAGCAACAGCUGGUUAUAAAGAAAGAUACAGGCUUCUGGAGAGACUUUGGUUUUGGCAUGACCUGUCAGUACAGAUCAGACUUCAUCAACAUAGGGGGCUUCGACAUCGACAUCAAAGGUUGGGGAGGCGAGGACGUCCACCUCUACAGAAAGUACCUCCACAGUAACCUGCUGGUAGUGCGCGCUCCCUCACGUGGACUGUUCCAUCUGUGGCACGAGAAGCAGUGCGCUGAUGAGCUGCCCCCGGACCAGUACCGUAUGUGCAUGCAGUCCAAGGCCAUGAACGAAGCCUCGCACGGGCAGCUGGGCAUGCUCUUCUUCAGGCAUGAGAUUGAAGCCCACCUCCGUAAACAGAACCAGCAACAGAACCUCUAAAAAGACCCCCAGCACUACUAGUUUUAUCUUUUUAUUGACUCUUUCCUGCAAGAGUAUAUCAUCACAGAAUGUCAUAAUCACAUAUUUUAUCUCCCAAACAAUUUAGAAGGCUGCAAACAACAACAACAACAACACAGCCAAUAUUUUGUGCAUAUUGGGAACUGAGCCAUAUUGUGGUUUGUGGUGACCAACAGUGUCACCUAGUGGACAGAAACGUGACAUGCAGCACCUCUGGCUCAUUGUACUGUAUUUAUUUACUUAUUCACUGUGUUUCUACAUUUUGUUUGUAUGUUUUUUUUUCCAGUGGAAAGUGUUACAUAAUGGUGGCUGAUGUGACUACUGUUACUAUAUUUUCUGAAAGUAGGCAACUAGUUAGACGGAAUGUUUUGUUAUAGCCUAUUUCUUUCAAUAUUACUUGUAUAUCUACAUAUCUAACAAAACACAGACACGUCCAGCUCAUUGGAUAUAAAAAGCUGCAUAAGAUAAUGUUUUUGAAAGAGGCAAUUACAAAGAAGGAAUUUAGUGACUAAAUGUACAAGCACUUCAGACUAGACAUAGACAGAAAUAUUGUUUCAGAGCCUAUAAGUCUAUCAGGACAUUUAAAGUGGCACUUUUUAUAUUGAUUACCAUGAAGUAGGCUGUACUGUUUUUCUCCAUUCAAGUAAGUGUUAAAUAAAAUGUUGACUGAUGUGCACAUCAUAUUUUAUCUG